UCAGUCAGUUGGGUGAUGUGAUGACUUUUGCAGGCCAGGAAAUGAGCUGUGGUAUUAGACUGCCUGGUGUCUCAGCUCAAAGGCAUCUCUAUCUCCGGCUGAAAAUCAGGGUUGAACAAAGGAGCAGCCUGAGAAAGAGGCACAAUCAAGAUGUUUGAAAAACUCCAGAAUAUGUAGUUCAGAACAGUCACAUUCUGCAGUGCAAGGAGAGCAGGAAUAGAAGGUAAGGAAGGAUAUGGAAGGAAGAGGAUAUGGAUGGAUUUCUGCUCUUCAUGCUAUCUGGCUUCUUCUGAGUCUCUGUAAAAUCUCCGUGUGAAGUGGAUUUCUGAAGUGGCUCCAGACCGUGGUGAAAGGAUGGCUGGGCCCCAUCUGCCCCCCUUCACUGCUGCCCUGGGACUGGCAUUGCUUGGUGUCUUGGUCUUCCUUUCAGCCCUGUGUGCUGCCUGCAGAAGGAAAGCUAGAAAGAAGGUGGUCCCACCAGAUGGGGUGAAGCUGGUAGAUGUGUCGUUGCUGAGGCAGAUGCAGCUCCGAUCGCUCAGUAAAUCUGACACCAAACUGCAUGAACUCCACAGGGUGAAGUGCCCUUCCGAGCACCAAAGACCAGCCAGCGUGGAUUUCCUUUAUCCAUCAGGGUCUUUGGGGGAUGGAGAAGGAGCUGUGCAUAGCUCGAGCUUCAGCAUCCUGCUGCACCGAGAGCUGCCCCAGAUCCCCCAUUCCAACCCUUCGGCUGAUGCCCUGAGUCCUGACCAGACCUACUCAAACCUGUCCUUCUUAGCCCCACUAAAACCAGCCCCGGAGGCGCUGUAUGAGUGUGCGGCCAUGACUCAGGAAGAGCCUCAGCCAAUGCCUGUCUUGGGAACACCUCUAAGCGAGGAGGACAAGGCAGUGACGGCUGAGUACGCCUGUGUCCGCAAGGUGAAGAAGAAUUUCCAGCCAGAGCUCCAGGAUGAGACACAGGGCGAAUCCUCCGUGGGGCCCGCAGACCCAGAAGCCUGGGAAGGAGCUGCCUGUAACCCCGCAGCGGUGAAGGUAGAAGAAAUGUACUCGACUGUGUGCAAAGCUGGCAAGAAGAAGAAACACCAAGGCUCUGCUCUGUCCCCUUCUGAAGGAAUGGACACUAGGGAGACAGGCCAAGGAGAACAGGGGUGGCCAGCUGCCCAUCUCAGAGAUGUCAGGGCGGGGUAUCAGUCCACACCGGGUCGAGUCUUACUCACUGAGCCCUGCUAUGAGUCGAUCAGUGAUGGAUCCUGGACUGAGCAUGGCAGGAACCCAGUCCCAGAACCGGCCUACGAGGCAGUAGAUGUCAACUGGAAAAAACCCAAGAGAAGGGACAAGUAUACCAAGAACUGCCCUGCCGAGAACUUGUAUGAAAGCAUCAGUGAAAUGUGGGAAGGGGACUCUAGGAACACAGCUACCCUGGCGGCUCCCAAUGGGUUGGAGAUCUACGUAACAGACUUAUAACCCCUUAUGUCUAGCUUCCCCAUUCCUGGAAAGGUCUGUGCUCCUCCACUGAGACCUCCAGCUGUCUCAGGUCUCAGCCACAUGGCGAGGCAUAACAAGAACAUCCAACACCACAACAGUAAAUACUAAAAACAUCAACCCGCUCUAAACCCUCCUGCCUCAGGUCUCAGGCCAGCCUGUCGCUAACAGGAGUUAAACUUUCCCUGCGGGCCGGGUAUCCCAAUGCUCCUUCUGCAGAACGCCUCACACCUUCCUCUGAAGCAGCUGGUGCUGGGUGCUGUCCGAGGCAGUUCACUGGACUCGGUGGACCUAUGGUGGCCUGAACUACAGGCAAAAGAAUUGAGUAAUUCUAAUGGGUUUGGCAUUGGUUGAGGGUUGUGCCCAUUCUAGGGGGCACAGACACCCAAAUCAGGUGCCUCUCUUCCCUGAGUCUUUAUGCAGGGUCCAGUGAAGCUGGGCACAGAAACCUAGGUAAGGAAAGGGGCAGCUGAGUUAAUAAAGAGGAAUCUCCCAUAUAUAUUUUAAUCCUGUUCUGAAUUUCUGCAUCUGUCCCAGCCAGCAGGCUAAAAAUGCAGUAACUGAGAUGCCCAGAAACAGGAUGGUUUUUAUUGCCUGAGAAUGCACAUUUCACGGGAUAACGGUGCCUGUUUGUUCCUGUUGAGAUGGUGAGGGUUUCCUGUCCGGGCCCUUGGAGCUCUGAUUUUCAGCCUGAGCUGCCCAGGGCUAUAACAGCUCAGGGGCAGCAAAACAAGGCAAACCUUGGCCAGAUUUCAGAGUCAGGCUGGAGGACGCAGGCCACAGUUUCUGGAGGGGCAAAAGGAGAGGGCUGGAAACUGAGGCAGUGCAGUGGAUGGAUGGAGCAUGCCAAUUGGGGCUGACUGCACAGCAGGUAGAGCUGAUUUGGAGCCAGAUUGCCUUGUGCUCAGUGGAGGGCCUGAGGGCAAGAGGAGAAAGGUGACUCGAAGCCGCCUGUCCACCUCCUCCAUUCUUGGGCUGAGCAGGGCCCUUUGAGCCCCGAGCAAAAACAGUGCCAGCAGGAAUGGCCCUCUAGAUCCUGUUACGCUGCCCAGGAUCUGCCACUUGGCCACAGCCCCUCCUGCCAGCCUUCCCCAGUGGUAGCUGAGAACAGGCUUUGCCCUUCGUACACCAGCCUGGGAUUCUCCAGGGUCCGAGGAGUCCCUGGGUGCCCGGUUUAGGUGCACUGCUUGUUCUGCGAGUGCCAUGCACGCCAGCCAGAGGGCUGAGCAUCUGGCCCAGAGCACCCAUGUGCUAAGCAUGGGACUUAUCGGAGGGGCACCACUAACCGGUUACAUGGAGUAACUGGCUCCUCUAGUGCUUGGAAUAUUAAAGAGGACGGAGACAAAUUAGCAAACUAAGAUCAGUUUAUUAAGAGGGAGAAUUUCUGCAGAACUGCACAGGGCUAACGCCUGCCCUGUCUGGAUCUAGGAAUUUCCUCUCCUUGCUGACUGAUGUGUUAACCCAAGGAACCCACAUGGGCUGACAACACUCUGAGGACCCCAGACACUGAUGCUUGCUGCUUGGGGAAACCGGGGCUGUGCUCAAAUUAUCCCUUUCACGGUGGGGACACACUACAUCUGCCCUGCCUUAGGCUGGGUCUACACUCAAACCGACCCAGCUAUGUAGCUCAGAGUGUGAAAGAUCCACAUCCCUGCUCAAUAUAGUAAAACCACCCCUGCCCCUGGUGUGGCCAGCGCUAGGUCAGGGGAAGGGUUCUUCCAUCCACCACUCGGGGCAGUGGAUUAACUUCGCUGAUGGGAGAACCCCUCCCGCCGCUGUCGCUAGCGUCUACGCAGAAGCAUUUCCAGUGUAGAGAAACCCACAGUCCAGCAAAGGAGGAGAGAAUUCAGGACUCUGCCCCUAGGUGCUUCAGAAAUGGUACUGCUACCCAGAAAGCAAGUCUGGCCUCAUCUCCACCGGGAUUCCAGCCAGUGGUGCCGCUGCACUAAUGCAGGGCUCUGUUUGGCCCACUGGCACGGUUAGCCGCAAAUAAACUGUUCAAAUCAUGCAGCGCCAGGGACAGAGGUACCUGGGGGUCUUCCACUAGUGGCUGAAAUCCCGGCAUCAACAGACUGGGUUCAGGAGAGCUUGAUUAGCUGCGCUGUUCAAAAUGGGGGCCUAUGUAGAUCAUUUCUGGGUAACGUAUUACCCUUUUAAAGCCCUUCCCCUGUAACAGAAAUCGUGUGGCGGAAACCUCCAUGCACUGCUUUGAUAGUUUGGAUGGUAACUUUGGGAGGCAGUGUUGCCUGGUGAGAAGAGCACUCAAGUGGGACUCAGAGGAGAUGUGGGUUCUAUUCCUGGCUCUUCCACUGGCCUGCUGGGUGCCUAUAGGCAAGUCACUUUGCUGAUCUGUGCCUCAGUUUCCCCAUCUGUAAAAUGGGGAUAAUGACAUUGCUUUCCUUUGUAAAGUGCUUUGAGAUCUACUACUGAUCAGAUUCAGGGAUUAGUGUUUUCCUUCUAGAUGUCUCCUGCUGGCUCUUUGAAGGUCAGGACGCCUGCAGCCCCCUACCGUUUCCUAUCACUAUAAUAACCCAAUAAUAUCAUUAAAGGGCUGGGAGUAUUUUUAUACUGGAGCAAACAUCUUUUUAAACUUUCACCUAAAGAACAGGCUUAGGAUUGGAUUUUGGUUUGAGGUAUUUUUUUCCUGACACAUUGUAACACACAAACCAAACCCACCCAACACAGACUUUACUGUCCUGUCCACUAGGACGGCGUCAGGGUUAUAAUAAACACAGGAGCUACA